GUCGAGUGGCCUGAGGGAGGACUCGACCCAAAAACUGCUUUUUUCGGACUGAGGGGGUUCGCAGGUGCCCCGAAAAGUACAUUCUGUAACGGAAUCCUGGUUUUGAAGACAUUGGGAAGUUGAGGAGGAGUGUGAGGCUUGAAUCGAAUACCGAGAGACAUGGCCGGUCGUUCUUCUCAACUAAUCUGAAAUGCUCCCAGUGUCAGCACGAACGCCGCGACAGACGUGCUUUGGCCUGUUUCGUUCGCUCUUAGCUGGUAUAAUUUUAGAUCUUUCGUUUCGUCCAUUUCUUGCAUCCUGGGAGUUUAUGUGACCUCUGCCAUGUUUUUGCUGUUUACGAGGCCAGUCAUGUUCGCCGUGGCCAGGGACUGUCGCCAAGGGAACGUACCUCCGGGCGUUCUCGUCGGGUCGGAGUUCUCGGCCAGGGAGUUCAGGGCCAAGAACUUCACCGGGCGCGACCUCAGGGGCACGGAGAUCACCGCCAGGGAGUUCAGCGCCAGGGACUCCGCCGGGAGGGAGUUCCGAGACGAGAACCUGAGCGCCAGGGAGUUCGCCGCCGAGGUCUUCACGGCCAAGGAGAUUUCGGCCAGGGAGUUCUCCGCCAGGGAGUUCUCGGCCGGGGAGGUGGACGCCAGGGAGUUCACGGCGAGGAGAGUCGUGGCGACCACCGACGCCAUCGACGCGCCGCCCGCCAGGCAGCUCUCGAAGUCGUCGCUCAAGAAACGCAAGUCGAAGAACUCGCUCAGGUAGAUUCAGG